AUGAUAUCUCUAUCGAUUUUUUUAUUGGCAUGGGUGCUAAUAGUACAAGGUGAUAAGAUAUCAGAUAAUUCUAUUAAGUCAAUAAUUAAUCCAGAUAUUGAAAUAAAAAAUUGUACAUUUGGAGAAAUAUGUACCGGUGCCCUUAAUUCAAGUUCUGUACAUUAUUAUUCUGUUGAAUAUUCAUUUGAUCCAUCUAUGGCUAUUCGUGUAAUAACGAAUAUGACAUAUAAAACUGAACAAGAAUCUCCACUUUUAAUUGUCGUUCGACAAAUUCGUGGUGUUAUUUCAUGGACGUUACCAUAUACAUUUACUAAUGGAAUGAUUUAUUCAAGUGCUUCACGUAUUCUUUGUUUACAAAAUGAAAUAAAUCGUACACGUGCACAUAUAAGUCGAGUAUUUAUUGAAAUAUCAACAUCAAAUAAUGAUUUAAUUAAUUAUUCAGUUCAACUUGAAAAUAUAACUCAAUUUAUACUUCAAACUGGUAUAAGUCAACAAUUUUUUGUUUCACCAGCUAUGCCUGUUUAUUAUAAAUUUACAUUUCCACCUGAUAUUGAAAAUGUUUUUAUUGAUGUUCGAUCACCAGAUCAAUUAUGUACCGUUGUAUCAGUACAAUCAUUUGAUUGUCCAGUUUAUGAUGUUAGUGAAAUUGGUACACGACAAGGACAUUAUCAAACAAUGGCAUCGAUUGCCUCAUUUAAUGUUUAUGCCAGUGAAUUUCCAAAACGCAAUACAUUUCUUCUAGUUUUUCUUGUUAAACCAACUGAUGCUGAUUGUUUAAAUGAUCAGGAACAAACAAUGAUUCGACCAUCUGGUAUUGUUGAUGUUCAACGAAGAAAAAAUGCAACUGUUACAUUACAACCACCAGCAAAUUAUAAUUUUCUUUACAUCGCAAUAUUUUCAACAAUUGGAUUGUUUCUUUUUAUUUAUUUUAUGGCCUUUGGUAUUAUGUGUAAACAUCCAGAUAUUUAUGAUCAUUUAGCUCCAGAACAAUUACCAUUCUUGGAAGCAAAAGCCGAACGCGAAAUCGCGGAACGAAGGGAUAAUGAAUUUCGUUAUCAAACAGCUGAAGGUGAAGAAAAUGUAGAAUCAGCAGCAACUGGAAAUGAAUUAGAAAAUUCAGCUGAUGUUGAAGUUAUUGAAACAUCGAAUGCUGGUUUUGUUACUGUUAGUGAUCUAUGUGUUAAAGAUUAUGAUUAUUUAAAACAAAAAUUUCGUAUUUAUCCUCAAACAAUGUUAACAAUAGCUAUAUUUUAUACUUUACCUGUUAUUCAACUUGUUCUACAAUUUCAACUUAAUAUUGAUGCAUCUGGAAAUGAAGAUAUAUGUUAUUUUAAUUUUUUAUGUACAAGACAAUUUGCGAUGUUAACAGCAUUUAAUAAUGUUUUUUCGAAUAUUGGUUAUUGUGCACUUGGUUUACUUUUUUUAAUUAUUGUUUAUCGAAGAGAUAUGGCAUAUGCUCGAUUUCUUGCAAAAUAUCCUGCAAUUGGAAAAGAAUAUGGUAUUCCACAACAUUUUGGUUUAUUUUAUGCAAUGGGUAUUGGAUUAUUUAUGGAAGGAGUUAUGAGUGCAUGUUAUCAUAUUUGUCCAUCAAAACAAAAUUUUCAAUUUGAUACAAGUUUUAUGUUUAUUGUAGCUGUUUUAAAUAUAAUCAAAAUUUAUCAAACAAGACAUCCAGAUAUAAAUCCACGUUCAGCUGGUUCAUUUUCAUUUCUAGCUGUUAUUAUUCUUGUCACUGUUAUUGGAGUUUAUUACGAUGAACAAUGGUUUUGGAUAACAUAUGCAGUUAUACAUAUUUUAUCUUGUUUAGCAUUUACAGGAAAAAUUUAUUAUAUGGGAAGAUUAAAAGUUACUUUUCGUGUACAUGUUCAUUUAUAUCAUCUUGUAAAAGAAAAUGGUAUUUUAUCUCGUCCACGUUAUUUAAAUCGUAUGAUGAUUUUAAUUCCAGCUAAUUGUAUAAACAUAGCAUUUGCACUUUAUGGUGCAAUUGUACAACCUGAAUCAUUUCCAAAUCAUCUUUUAUUUGUAUUUCUUGGUAAUUUAGCUAUUUAUUUAUUAUAUUAUAUUUUAAUGAAAAUAAUUCAUCGUGAACAUUUUACACGUUUUUCAAUUCUAUUUCUUCUAUUAGCAACAUUUUUUUGGUCAUCAUCAUUAUAUUUUUUCUAUCAAGAAGUUAAAAGUUAUGAAGUACAACCAGCUAUAUCACGUAUGCGUAAUCGUCCAUGUAUAUUAUUACAUACAUAUGAUGUACACGAUAUAUGGCAUUUAUUAUCAUCAUUUAGUUUAUUUUUUUCAUUUCUUACUUUAUUAACACUUGAUGAUGGUAUAAGAAGAAAAAGACGAAAAGAAUUAGCAGCUUUUUAA